AUGGCGGCCGCAGCCGGGCACGUGAACAUGAUGGACGACGUCCUCAUCUCGAAUCUGCCCCCUGUCCUCCUCAGAUCCGCCCUGAGGACUCUCGUCUCACAAGGCGCCUCGACCCAGCGCCCCUUCGUCGAGCACAUCCGCAAGCGACUGCUCGAGUCACCGCCGGCCUUCACCGACGCGAGCGUCCUGUUCCCCCCUGGCAACGAUGGCCUCGUCUCCCUGGAAUGCGUGCGGUAUAUCGCCUCGACGCGGUGCCUCUUCUCGAGCAAACUCGCCAAGGCCGCCCUGCCAUACCUGACACAUUUCUUGAAGUCCUUACGUGAGGCAAGAGCACAGUGGGCACGUGGGGACGAGCUGGACAAAGUUCUCGACCAGAUUUCAGGCGAUAUUGUGCAGGCCGUACAGGCACUCAAGGAGUCGAAGCCAGAGCCGACGUCCACACUGCUGGGUGAAUUACAGGGUUUCUUGGCCAGUCUUGAGGCUCUUCAUAGCUACUGCUUCAACACGGCAUCCCAGGCCCUAGGAUAUCCAUUCACCAGAGCAGAGAGACAGGUCCGGGAUGUUAUCAGCUUUUUGUACCCGGAAGCAGCAGCUUCAUUUCCAUCUCCACAAGCAGCGAAAACCAUUACCAUAAGCGUCAAAGAGCGGCAUGUUGAUAUAGAGACGUUCCAGCUUGGCCCUCACCGGAUGCCGCGUGUGUUUAAUGGGCUCUGGCAGCUCUCUUCUCCCGCAUGGGGCAGUGCGAGUGCAGAGAGCCAAGAGACGGCACUGGCUGAGCUCGUCGAGCUUGGCUUGAGUACUGCUGAUAUGGCUGAUCAUUACGGCGACGCCGAGCUGAUCUAUGGAGAUUUUCGGAAUAGGCUGCCCGCUGCCAUGCGAGAUGCGGUCCAUGCCGCGACAAAGUGGUGCGUGUUUGGGCCUAUCGGCCAGCCGGUAACUACACAAUAUGUCUUGCAGGCUGUCAAAGAGAGAUCACGACGGCUUGGUGGUCGUGUCGAGCUUCUGCAGUUCCAUUGGCACGAUUACUCAGCCAAGGAGUACCUGGAUAUUCUCGUGGAGCUUGUGAGGAUCACACAGACAUAUCCUCAACUUGUCUCCGCGAUCGGGCUGUGCAAUUUCGAUGCCCAUCACACGGAGGAGGCCUGCAAGUACCUCUUAGAGAAGACAGGAGUAGUAGGGCUUGUCUCCAACCAAGUACAGUUCUCGCUUAUUGACUCGCGCCCUCUGCAACAUAUGUCUGCUGUGUGUGAGAGGUACGGCAUCAAGCUCCUUACAUAUGGGUCUCUUUACUUUGACAUGGUUCAGAACUGGGGCGGCUGGCCUGAAUUCCAGGCCCUCUUGGAGACUCUCUCGUCCAUGGCCGACAGGCAAGGCGAGGGGAUUUCUCUCACAAACAUCGCUUCGCGCUGGGUGCUUCAGCAGCCCAACGUCGGUGCUGUCAUCGUGGGCAACAGGUUAGGAGUGUCAAGCCAUGCUGUUGAAAACCUCAACAUUUUCAAAUUCAAGCUGGAGGACAAUGACAUGGCAGCUAUCAAUAAGAUCGCCUUGGGUGAUGACAGGUACAAGACGAAGGCAGUGUUCGAAAAGUUGGGCGAUUGUGGCAAUGAGUAUCGGGCUAUGCAUUAG